GGGGCGGGGGGACCUCUCUCAGUCUGUCCCCCGGGGAAGGCAUGAACACCAGCACCUGGUCCACGCCGGUGACCCCGGAGUCCUGUCACCGGCUGGCGGCCAGCGGUCACAGCCUCCUAAUUGUGCUGCACUAUAACCACAGUGGCCGGCUGGCUGGCCGCGGGGGCCCUGAGGAUGGUGGCGGGCUGGGGAUGCUGAGGGGCCCGUCCGUGGCGGCCGGCUGCCUGGUGGUGCUGGAGAACGCUAUGGUGCUGGCCGCCAUAGCCACCCACAUGCGAUCGCGCCGCUGGGUGUUCUACUGCUUGCUGAACAUCACGCUGAGCGACCUGCUCACGGGCCUGGCCUAUGUGGUCAACGUGCUGCUGUCGGGGACGCGCACCUUCCAGCUGUCACCCGCGCACUGGUUCCUGAGGGAGGGCCUGCUCUUCAUGGCGCUGGCCGCGUCCACCUUCAGCCUGCUCUUCACGGCCGGCGAGCGCUUCGCCACCAUGGUGCGGGUGGCCGAGAGUGGGGCCACCAAGACCAGCCGUGUGUACGGCUGCAUCGGCCUGUGCUGGCUGCUGGCGGCCACCCUGGGCCUGCUGCCCCUGCUGGGCUGGAACUGUGUGUGUGCCUUCCCGCGCUGCUCCAGCUUGCUGCCCCUCUACUCCAAGGGCUACGUGCUCUUCUGCGUGGUGGUCUUCGCCCUCAUCCUGGUAGCGAUCCUGAGCCUCUACGGGGCCAUCUUUCAGGUGGUCCGGGCCAACGGGCAGAAGUCCCCGCGUCCCCUGGCCCGACGCAAGGCCCGCAGGCUGCUCAACACCGUGCUGAUGAUCUCGGUGGCCUUCGUGGUGUGCUGGGGUCCCCUGUUCGGUCUUCUCCUGGCAGACAUCUUUGGUUCCAACAUCUGGGCCCAGGAGUACCUGCGGGGCAUGGAUUGGAUCCUGGCCCUGGCUGUGCUUAAUUCGGCCAUCAAUCCCCUCAUCUAUUCGUUCCGCAGCCGCGAGGUACAGCGCGCCAUCCUGGCCUUCCUGUGCUGUGGCUGUCUCUGGCUAGGCCUGCGAGGUCCUGGAGACUGCCUGACCCGGAUCACGGAGGCUCAGUCCGGGGUGUCCACCACGGACAGCUCUCUGAGGCCCAGGGACAGUUUUCGGACUUCCCGGUCACUCAGCUUCAAGAUGCGAGAGCCGCUGUCCAGCGUUUCCAGUAUCCGCAGCACCUAGCGCUUGGACCAGCCAGUCGCCCGCAGUGUGCAAGGGAGGGGACAUAAGGCCCUCCCCCAGAGAGGUGAGAAAGGACUGCGCACGACGAU